UUAAUGCUCUGCUCUGGGCUUUGUAAUUUCUAAACUGGUUUGAGCAGAGCAAAGAUAUGGCGCUGUUCUAUAACGUGGACACCUGGAUUGAGGCGAACAAGCCACAUUUUAGUCCUGUUUGCAACAAACUCAUGAACUUUGGUCAGCUGUUGGUCAUGUUUGUUGGAGGACCCAAUGAAAGGAAAGAUUAUCAUAUUGAGGAAGGAGAAGAGUUGUUUUACCAGUGGAAAGGUGACAUGUGCCUGAAGAUUAUAGAAAAAGGAAAGCAUAAAGAUGUACACAUUCGAGAAGGAGAGAUGUUUUUGUUGCCAGCAAGAAUUCCCCAUUCUCCACAGUGUCAGGCAAACACAGUUGGGCUGGUUUUUGAAAGGACUAGACUUGAAACAGAACUGGAUGCCCUCAGAUAUUAUGUAGCGAAUUCUACUGAUGUCCUGUUUGAGAAAUGGUUCUACUGUGAUGAUCUGGGUACCCAGCUGGCACCGAUAAUAAGAGAAUUUUUCAACUCUGAAGAAUAUAGAACUGGAAGGCCAAAUCCAGACAAUUUAUGGAAAGAACUUCCAUUUUGUAUAAAUACUGUCAGUACUGUGAUGGAGCCCUUCUCAUUAAAUAACUGGAUCAGCAGCCACCGUCAGGAUAUUAAAAUGAAGCAGGUUGUGGACAUGUUCAGUGACUACUUUGAAAUUCAGACAGCGGUAUUUGGUUCUGGACAAAGUGAAGACAAGGGAGCUACGGACUCUUGGAUAUGGCAGUUGGAGGGUACAUCCGUGGUGGUAAUGGAUGGCAAAACUACCAAGCUAACAGCAGGAGACAGCCUUCCUGUGCCAGUAAAGAUGAAGUAAAUUGUUACCAGCCUGCCAUCACCUUGGCUGAAGACCAUUAACUCAGAGGGAUUAGGAGGUUUUCAAGAUUCUAUUCCUGCUCCACGCCCAUAAUGCUGCUGGGGAAAGAGAACACGUGCGUAUUCAGUUUAAGCCUGCUAACAUUUUGUUUAUAUUCCAGGUACACUUGGAAAAGGGCUGAAGGAACUGUUGCCCUUCAUGUCAUUCAGGACCCAGCAAGGAAGAGACCCUAUACUAAAUAAGACGCCUCACAUCACAGAAUAAUCUUUAUCUAGUUUACUUGAAUAAUUGAGAAUUACUAUUUAAGAUUGCAAAUACAAAUUUUGGAUAGAUAGAUUCAUUAAUACCAAGGUUUUAAAAUCAUGAAAAGGAAGGGAAACAAUUACAUUAUUCUAUCAAUCAUGUUAUGAACAGAAUUACAAAAAUAUUUUAAACAAAUUAGAUCAAAAUCAAUUUGCAAUCAAACAUCUUAAUUGCGAGUCAUUGCUUUGUUGUCGUAAUACUGUAGUAUGUAAUUUGUCAUUGUUAAUUGCAUCAUAUGCAAUCUUUGCAAGUAAAAAUCUCAAAGUCUGAAAAAUAAAACAACACCACAGCUGUGGAAAAUCUGAAACAAUACAGGAAAUGCUAAUGUAAUUCUCAAAACAUAAGGCAAAGUCUGUAAAGGAAGAAACAAGAGUUACAUAACACAUCAAUUUGAUGGUCAUUCAUCAGCUCCUAGCAAGGAAAAGAUCCUGUGGUCAAUAAGUACUUAAGGCAUAGAUAGUUUUGGUUGGAACUGAUCCUGGCUGACCAACUUAAUGGAAUUUUUCAAAGAGGAAGAAGACAUGUUAUUGUGGGCAAUAUGGUUAAUAUGGUCCUAAAUAGACUUCAGUAAGGUCUUGUAUAAGAGAGAAGGUUUGAGCUCAUUUCACAAAGGGCUUGUUAAUAGAAGGCAGUGGUUAAUGAUGGGAGUGAAAAAUAAAAAAAAAACAAAGAUGCUGGAAUUCUGAGAUAAAUUGGGAAGUGGUGGAGGAUUUUUGUGGUGAACCAAAGGAAUUGGUGCUGGGACCCUUGCAGUUCCUCAUUAAUAUA